AUGGCCAGGAUGAUCCUACAACUGACCUCCCUGUUCAAGGCCCAGACUUCGGGCUUUGGUGACGGCCUGGGCCCACAGGAUCGUCCAGCCUCAGAAUAUCGUUUCCCGCGCUACUCAGCCCGAGGAGCUAGUGCCUUGGGUUUCUCCGCCGCCGGAGCUGAAGGCUUCUCAAGAGCAAUGGUCAGUCGUCCACCAAAGCGCGGUAUGAGUUCGAUGAUCCCUGCCCGAAUACCCGGAUCUCUCCCCGGUUUCCGGGAUUUAGCACGGUCUCCCCAUCUUAUUCUUGGAAACCUCUCCCGGGAGAUUGGCUAA